AUGGGAUGCUCGGAGUCGAAGGUGGUGGAGCGUAGGGCCGUGGUGCUCUGCCACCGCCGCGCUGACCUCCUCGCCGCCGUCAUUCGUCACCGCAACGCCCUCGCCACCGCGCACGCAGCCUACUCCGACUCCCUUCUCUCCGUCUCCGUUGCCCUCCACCGUUUCCUCCUACUACUAGCCGCUUCUUCCUCCUCCUCCCCUGUUCUUUCCCUUCCUAGACGCCGCAAAUCUGAGCCAUGUCCGCCACCGCCAGCUUCCUCUGGUUCCUCUGCCCGCUACCAUCAUUUCAGCUCUCGCAUAGAGAUUGCUACUUUGGACUCCGACGAUGAGCACGAGGACGAAGAGGAGCACGAUGUGAGAGGUGAUUACAAUUUCCAGCAGCAACGUCUCUACGACGUACCAUUCCCUUGCGCCACCAGCUUCGGAAGAAUCCACUACACGCGCAGCCAGCCGCCGCCUUUCUCCGUCACCUUCGAUCAGCGACCGCCGUCCUAUGAGACCGUCCAAGUUGACUACUUUGAUCCUUACUCGGCUAACCCUUCGCACGCCAGCCACCCUUUUCCCUUCCCCCCUGGUUAUUACGGCUCAACUGGAGGAUUCUUCAACUCCUAUCCGAGUCCGGCGGCUAUGCCGCGGCUGGUUUCGGAAGGUUCUUCCUCAUCUAGAGCACCACCUCCGCCCCCUUCACCACCGAAGACUUCCACUUGGGACUUUCUGAACCCUUUCUCGAUUGACUUAUACAGCCAUGGGUACACCCCUAGCCGAAGUUCUGGCGAGGUGAGGCACGAGGAAGGGAUCCCCGACCUCGAAGAGGUGGAACAGGAAGUGGUCCAGGAAGCCACCUAUGACAACCCGAGCUUUAUAGCUGUCUCCUCUACGGCCGCGGAAAACGGAGCGAGAGAGGAUGAAGUGAUAAGCCCAUCUUACCACCCAUCGACGGCCAGUCGAAGCUCAAAUUACGAUCCGGCUGUGAUCGAUAAGGAUACGGUGGCAAUGGGACAGAGAAACACAGCAACCUCCAAGAGGAUACGAAAUGCUUUAGAGGUUGCUGAUGCAAUUAAGGUACAGUUUCAAAGGGCAUCCAAGUUUGCUUACUGGAUUAAAUUUUCUGUAGAUGAAGUAGCGAAGGGUUCUAUGGGCCUCGCUUCCACAUUGCAGAAGCUGUAUGUUUGGGAGAAGAAGCUUUACCAUGAGGUCAAGAGUGAAGAGAAAAUGAGACAAUUGCUUAGUAAGAGCAACAAGGAUCUUAGACACUUGGUAGAAAGGGGUGCUGAGGCUCACAAGAUCGACACCACCGGAAGUUUGAUCGAUAAGCUAUCGAUGAAAAUUCAGGUAACAAUUCAGGUUGUUAGAACAAUUUCAAAAAGGAUAGAUGCACUGCGAGACGAAGAACUGUGGCCACAAGUCACUGACCUUGUUCUAGGUCUGGUGAGAAUGUGGAAUCUUAUGCUCGAGUGUCAUCGGAUGCAAUGCCAAACCAUAACCGAAGUUGAAGGUCUAGAUUUCGUGGUCGCAUAUCGAAGGCUUAGCAGUGCUAAUACUGAUGCAAUACUGCAGCUGGAGAUGGAAAUGCACAAGUGGAGUAGCAACUUCUCGGCAUGGAUUAAUGCUCAGAGGAACUAUGUCAAAGCCUUGAAUGGUUGGCUUCUACUUUGUCUUCCUCGUGAACAUGCUGAAACUGCUCCCUCCCCAAGGAGAAUUGGUGCACCACCUGUUUUUACCAUCUGCAAGUGCUGGGCACAGGCCAUGGACAGGGUCUCUGAGCUUGAGGCGAUUGAUUUCGUGCUGGCCUUCGCUGAUUCCUUACACCAACUAUGGGAGAGGCUGAUUGUCGAUAAGAAUAAGCAGAUGGUCGCAACUAGAGAUAGAGAGAGAUGGCUCAGGGUUAUUGAGAUAAAGAGAAAAGCAAUGCACAAGGAAGUGGAUUCUCUAAACAAGAAGCUCGCAGUAAUACCUGGUCAGUUCACUCUACCAGUUCUUCAAAAGCAGUGUGAUGCUCAAAAUAUUACAGAAGUAGGCAGUCUGAAAUUAGGUUUGAAAAGAUUAUUUGAAGCCAUGGAACACUUCUCGGCUAGUUCAGUGAAAGCUUAUGGUGAGUUGCUUGAGCAUUGUGGAGAACAGACAAUGUAG